GAAUUCCACCAGUAAUAGAUAAAGUUGUUUGUUUCAGAAGAUAUUAUCUUUCUAACACGAAUCAAAAUUAGAAAGACAUAUAUAGUUUGGAUUGGACAACAGAACAGAGAAGCCAUAUUUCAUUUCUGCACAUUUCAUCACCUUCUUUGUCUGAAUCGAACACAUUUGAAUAUGUCUGACAAUGAAGAUCAUGAAGACUUCACAUAUAUCAAAUCCUCUACAAAGACCAAGCAUAGGUUAAGGGAUAGGUCCAAGGAGGUACUGUCCAAACAAGCCGUUAAGAUAGCCAAACAAGCUGAAGAGCAUGAAAGGUUCAUCAACAAGGUGACUCAUCUUUUGGGGGUUCUUGGCUUUGGUGGGUUUUUCUUCCUCUUAGGGGCAAGGCCACAAGACAUCCCCUUAGUAUAUUGUGUGUUCUACGUGGUCUUUGUUCCUCUCCGUUGGAUAUAUUAUAGGUUCAAGAAAUGGCAUUACUAUCUCCUGGAUUUUUGCUAUUAUGCCAAUACAAUCUUCUUGGUUUACCUUCUUUUUUAUCCAAGGAAUGAAAAGCUUUUCCUGGUUUGCUUUUCCUUUGCUGAGGGUCCAUUAGCGUGGGCUUUGAUUGUUUGGCGUUGCAGCUUGGUUUUCAGUUCAGUUGACAAAAUUGUCAGUGUUCUUAUCCAUCUUUUACCUGGAUUGGUUUUCUUUACAAUUCGAUGGUGGAAUCCUGCAACCUUUGAAGCCAUGCGACCAGAGGGAACUGCUGGAAAAGCUACAUGGCCUUAUAUUGAAGAUAAAUCCUAUCUAUGGAUGUGGCUGUUUCUGGUUCCUUUAGCAGCUUACACUUUGUGGCAGGUUCUGUACUUCCUCAUUGUCAACGUCUUGCGUCGACAACGAUUUUUAAGAGAUCCUGAAGUCAUGACUUCCUACAGGGAACUCUCUAAAAAAGCUCAGAAAGCAAACAAUGUGUGGUGGCGCUUAAGUGGCAUACUUGGGGAUCAGAAUCGCUUGUUAAUGUACAUUGUUCUUCAAGGCAUAUUUACUUUGGCAACCACAGCACUGACUGUUCCAAUAUUCUUGUCUUAUGAGUUGUCUGUAGUUUUCCAAAUACUGAAGAUUUCUGCAUCAGUGUGGAAUGGGGGAAGCUUUCUAAUAGAUGUAAUGCCCAGGCAGGUAAUUCUCAAGGAGAAAAAGAAAUCAGAGGUAAAGCCUGCUUAAAUUCAAAAAGAUAAGUGAUAGAUGGUGAUGGAAAAUGGUAGGUAGUUCAACAAUUCAAGAGACAUCUUGAUUUCAUGAUAUGAAUUAAUUAUCCAUGUAGUCAUACCACACUAGUCUUGUUGUGUAUUUUAAGAUGACCCCAUAGUGUUGCCAGUCCAUGGUUCAUAAAAUGCAAAUGAAGUGGAAUACGCAUGUUCCUUUUGUCCUUUCAUAUCCAUUUGCAUUUAUUCAAUGGACACUUUGUGAAACCAAGUCUUGAAAAGUAUGAUAUCUAAUUUCAGUGAGCUUGAGCAUUGAGACUAGGAGUAAUGAAUUUUAGCACUAUUCUUAUGACU